AUACUACUUCUACGUAAACUUGCUAAAGUGUUUUCAACCAGCAACAAUUUUCUCCCCGCCGAGUUCGAACUCAGUUAAAUUUUCAGGAUAUCAUAUCCAUACGCUCUUCUUGAUAGUUGUUUGUUUUUAAUCAAAUGCACCCUGGGUCUUCAUCAUCAAGACGCCAUUUUGGUGUUCUGCAUUUGCUGUUUUAUAAUAAGGUCCAGUAAUUUGUGUGAAUGUGAAUUUCUGUACCCGGCAGUAGCUACCUACUUGAUGGAUAUCGCAAUACGAUUGUGCCGUGUGUGAGGAGCCGUGAGGGUUUUCAAGACGGCACGGAACACGGCUUUGUACAGAUAAUAUUGGCUGGGCAACCCUCCGAAGUUAAAAACAUGGCGUGCUGCCUGUCUGAAGAAGCAAAAGAGCAGAAGAGAAUAAAUCAAGAGAUUGAAAGGCAACUUCGGAGGGAUAAACGGGAUGCUCGACGCGAACUAAAACUCCUGUUGCUGGGUACUGGAGAAUCAGGAAAAUCAACAUUUAUUAAGCAGAUGAGAAUUAUCCAUGGAGCAGGAUAUUCAGAAGAAGAUAAGCGUGGUUUCAUCAAGUUGGUUUACCAAAAUAUAUUUAUGGCUAUGCAGAGUAUGAUAAGAGCUAUGGACAUGCUCAAAAUAUCAUAUGCUGAAUCAUCAAACAUAGAAAAGGCAGAACUAAUUCGUAGUGUUGAUUUUGAAACUGUUACAACGUUUGAAAGCCCAUAUGUUGAAGCUAUAAAAGAUUUAUGGGCAGACACAGGAAUUCAAGAGUGUUAUGACCGAAGACGAGAGUAUCAGUUAACUGACUCAGCCAAAUACUAUCUGACGGAGAUCAACCGUGUGGCUGCACCUGACUACCUGCCCACUGAACAGGACAUCCUACGUGUCCGAGUCCCCACUACUGGCAUUAUUGAGUAUCCCUUUGACUUGGAAGAGAUCCGCUUUAGUUACCUUAGUGACCUCGAGAGAAUCGAGAAAGCUGAUUACCUCCCUACAGAGCAAGAUAUUCUCAGGGCACGUCAACCCACUACGGGAAUUCUUGAGUAUCCUUUUGAUUUGGACUCCAUCAUCUUUAGAAUGGUGGAUGUGGGAGGUCAGCGAUCAGAAAGAAGAAAAUGGAUUCAUUGUUUUGAAAAUGUCACUUCAAUCAUAUUUUUAGUUGCACUAAGCGAGUAUGAUCAAAUUUUAUUUGAAUCUGAAAGCGAGAAUCGAAUGGAAGAAAGUAAAGCCUUAUUUAAGACUAUUAUCACAUACCCAUGGUUUCAACAUGCAUCUGUUAUUCUGUUCCUUAACAAGAAGGACCUACUGGAAGAGAAAAUAAUGUAUUCGCAUCUGGUGGAUUACUUUCCAGAAUACGAGGGACCACAACGAGAUGCUAUUGCAGCACGAGAAUUCAUUCUGCGUAUGUUUGUGGAACUUAAUCCAGACAGUGAAAAGAUUAUCUAUUCACACUUCACAUGUGCCACAGAUACUGAGAACAUACGUUUUGUGUUUGCUGCAGUGAAGGAUACAAUUCUGCAAUCAAAUCUCAAGGAGUACAACCUGGUGUAACCAGCUUAACAUUAAAACACCAUGAAUUUUUUUUUAAUUUGAUGGAACCUGUCAUGUGUUAAAAAACAUGAAAUAUAUGAAAGAGAAGGAAAGAUAAGUCACGACCAUUGCUCGACUUUGUCCAGUAGCAUUUUGUUUGCUAGAAAGUCAGUUCUUUGGAUUCUUUAAGGAAUUUGUAUAUGAAGUGAAAUAUGAAGACAUUGGUUGUACGAGCUUCGUGAUUAACUUUGUUGUCUGCAGCUUCAGAUUUUGAAUGUGUUGAGUCGAAAGAAAGGCUUCCUCCUGCGUCGGCCUCCCUAACAACUGCUGUUCAAGUAUUCUGUUCAAGUAGGGUUCUGUUGUGUUGGGUUCCUGCAGGGGGAAUGCUCUUUGCUUAUAGACUUCAAAUAAAGGAGAUCAGAAUGCUUUGACUUUGUGCAAUUGAAAAUUUUUUAUAUUAUUUUUUAAAACUGGACUCUUUGAGUGACAUUGAAUCUGUGAGCUUCAAUGAGAAACUCAACCCUUUAUGUAACCCGAGAAGGAACUUACCCAUUCAAACUAAGCAGCAGUGACGCGGGUUUUUCUUACUUUUGCAAUGUGAAAACUCCAAUCAGUUCCCCUGGACCUCUUUCCUCUCCAAUUCAUCCUGAGUACCACUCUCCGACAAAGACACCAGUCCAUAUGUAGACUUAGCUUUUUUUAAGAAAACAAAUCCAGAACAGGUAUUUUCUCAAAGACAUCUUAAAGGAAGUAUUUAUUUUAUACUUAUUCCUCUUGUCCUGUAGCUGCAUAGCUUUAAAGGUACUGGCAGUGAAUGUUGUGGGACAUGUUGCAAUGCAAUUGCAGUUUUUAUAAGUCAAUUAAUGUUGUGCAACCUAUAUUGACAUAAAAUACACAUUCCUGGUUAAAUAAACUUGUAUAGUUAAAUCGUGAUUGUACCAGUUCUGAUAAUAUUGGCUAUCUUUACUACUUGGCCAUGGUAGUCUGUUUGUCAUUUUACUGUUUUGAAAGUAUUCUUUGGAAAGUAAUGCACAUGUGCUGAAUCUGAAAUUGUCUUUAUUAGUAGGCAAACUACUCCAAAUGUAAAUGUGUUCUCAUUUCUUAAACUCUGAAAAAUUUGUAUAAAUCUUAUAUAGUUGUGAUAGCCAAAGGUUAUAUCUUGGAUUUCUAAUUUGUGGGCAGUUUGCCUACUGUGAAGAUAUUAAUUUCUGAUUUAUGCUGCAUGUAUACAUGUAUAUUAAUAAUCUGAAAGAUAUAUUUUAUGAGUUGCCUUAUGUCCUGAACAGUGUCAUAUUUCUUAGUCCCGAAUUUGCUGCAUGGUUAUCAAAGGUGGUAAUGCAUACAGGAUUGUCAUGUCUAGAGUGAGGAGAAAGACUGUAGAUGGCAACUUUGGGUAGCAAGUGCAGUAGCUGUAAAUUUGUGAAUGCCUUAGUGAUUUUUUUUUUCUUUUCUUUUUGUUAUUGUGUGUGUACAUGUGAACUAAUAUUCCCAGUGCUUUCAAAGCUGCCAAAGCGUGUAUAUAUUUUGGAAGGUGAAAAGUGUUUCUUUGAGAAAAUAUAUGAAGCAGUAUUCAAGGGGAAUGUAAAUUAUUAGUUGGUUUUUGUUUUUUUGCUUUUCAACUGGCAGCAUGUACGUUAAUUGCUGUGUUGAGAGUAAUUUAACAUAUAUGUAAAUUUUCCCAAGGAAUUUGAUUAAUUUGUAAGCAAGUAAUUUAUUGUGGACUAUGUAUAAUUUUUAUCUGACAAAUUAUUAGGAGAAGUAUUACUGCCUUUUGCAGUUUAUCUUAGCUUGAAUGCUGCAAAACAAUCCCUGACCCUGAUCCCAAUCCCUUUUUCUCUGCAGGACAAAUGUGCAUGUAUUUUCAUGCCCUUUAACAGUUUCAUCAUUAUCAUCUGUCAUCAUUUUACAUCGCUGUCAUCAUAAAAAACUGGAAGUGACAAAUGACCUGAGCAAUUCUAGUGCCAUUGGUAUUUACUGUGGUGUUUAUAUUGCAAGAAGAAUUCUUAGUAAGAGCCAAAGUGUUUUUUUAAGCAAAGGGUUACUGGAAAGAUUUUUUCUGUGCACAUGACUCAUUCAGACAUCGUAAUCUACAUAUUGUUAUAUAAGAUAUAAAGCAUUAGAAUAGUCUUCAGAAUAAAAAAAACAAGAACUAUCCUUUUCCCUCUUUACCAUUGCAAAUAUUAGAACAUAAUAUAUUUGUUCAUGUGAUUUUUAGAUUAUUUGGGCCCUGAAGCCCAGCUGUUGCUGUUAGUAUGAACGAUACAUAAGGCAAACAAAAUCUCAAGAAUUCUGUUCCAGUUCACUAAUGGAAUUGUGAAGUUUUUGGAAUCGUGUAACAAUAAUUGAUUGAAACCAGAAGUUCUGUUAUAACCUGUUUCCUUAGCUGCCCUAACUUACAUUAUGGCGAAUUUGUAAACACUGGAAGAAACAUAUGUUGUAACGUAUGAUUCGUGAAUGUAUGAAAAUUGAAUGAAUGCUUUGUAUGUGGGUGUGCUAGAUGUUGCAUAGUUCAUUUGUAAAUCAUUUCUUGUCAAGAAAAUAUACUUUUUUCUGGAAGU